AUGGAGAAAAACAUAAGAGAAGACUUGCAAAAAGAAGGAUUAUCUGCGGUUUCUCCUAAAACAAUACAAACUUCUCUUUCUAUUAAAGAUUCAGAAAAUUCUCAAAAAUUUAAAAAGUAUUCUGGGGGGUUGGACAAAAUUCUUCAAUCAUUCGAUAAUCUUCAUGAAUGGGCAGACUAUAUAUCAUUCCUUUCAAAGCUUCUAAAGACUCUUCAUUCAUAUCCUACAUUUGCUAUCGUUCCUUAUCAAGAUCUUGUCGCAUGUAGGUUGGCACAAUGUUUGAAUCCAAAUCUUCCUUCUGGUGUACAUCAAAAAACACUUGAGGUUUAUUCUUAUAUUUUUUCUUUGAUUGGGAAAAAUGGCCUUUCUGAAUCUCUUCCUCUUUGGAAUAGUGGUUUAGCUCCUGUUUUGAUGUUUGCAUCUACGAAAAUUAAGCCUUAUUUUCUUGGACUUAUUGAAACGUUUUACUUGCCAUUAGGCCCUAGUCUUCGGCCUUGUGCAAAGUCGUUGAUUAUGUCAUUGCUUCCUGGUCUUGAAGAAGAUUCUGGAGAAUAUUUUGAUGAAACUUUUAAUGUUUUGGAUUCUGUACGACAAAAAUUAGAAGAUGAUGCUUUUUUUUGGCAAUGUUUAUGGCUUUGCAUAAUUACAUCUCCUCAGCAGAGGCAAGGAGCUUUGAAGUAUUUAUUUAAAUGUUUUCCGGUUUUAAAAGAUAAUUCUAAUGAUAUUCUUCCAAUAAUACAUCCUGAUUCUGGUCUUUUUAUAAGAGCAUUUAGCUCUGGACUUAAUGAUGAACAGUUAUUAAUUCGCCGUGGAUUUCUUGAGCUUUUAGUUCAAAAUGUUCCUCUGUCCUCAGUUAUUUUUCAAGAAAAUAUUGUUUCUAUAGAUGCUGAGCUUUUAGUAAUGAGUGCUAUUAAAGUCGUCAUGGGUAAAGAAAUAUCUCUUAAUCGGCGUGUAUGGUCAUGGCUUAUGGGUUCUGAUUUUGAGCAAAAUCCUGUCGAAGAUUCUUAUUUUAAGAAUUACAGUAUGAAAUAUGUUGUAGGUUGUAUAAAAAAUUGCUUGGAUAUAAGUAAGAAUGAUCCUGUAAAACUUCAAGAAAUAUUUAAUAUUCUAUUAUCUUUGAUGGAGAGAUCUAUAAUAGGGAGUAUUAUUGCUCCUGAAGUUUUUUUGCCUGCUUUAAGAACUAUAUACAUGUUUAGUGGAUUUAAUAAUGAUGAUUUAUAUAAUGAUGUUCUAUUUUCUGCUAGAGCAUUUUUUGACGCUGUAGAUUCAAAGUUGAUAUGGAGUAAACUAUUGUUUUUGCUUGAUAAACUAGAUGUGGAUGUCUUUGAUUUCUCAGAUUAUGAUUUUGCAUUGUAUAUUAUUUUAAAUUUUAAUAUUCGUGAGGGAGAUAUGACUUUUUUUCAUAUUCCUAUGGUUUUGUAUGUUAAUAUUUUAAAUAUUUCAAACAAGUCAAGGAAUUUAGCAAUUGAGAAGACUUUGUUGUUGGUAAUACACAAAUUGAUAUCUUUUGUUCCGAAUAAUGAAUUAUCUAAUGUUUUAUUUGGUGAAUAUAGUUAUGAGGACAGAAUAUUUUUGAAAAAUAAUAUUAAAAAAUAUUAUCAAGAUCUUUUAGGUGAUGAAAGUAAUACAUAUUUAUCUAAAGAAAUGGUUAUGGAAUUUAUUUUUUGUUUACUUAUCGAAAAUAUAGAGCUUUAUCUUGAUGAUAGUUUUUAUUUAUUUGAGAUGCUUUGGCUUACAUAUGAAUUUAUUCCAAAAGCUUUACGAUGUUCAAAAACUCAAAAAAAAAUGUUAUUGGAUGAUGUAGUAUCUGUUCUUAGUUCUAAAGACCUUACUUUUGAUCAUGUUUAUUAUAUAGUUAAAAUUAUUGUAGAGUUAUUAAAAAGAACAUGGAUUAAUAUUGAUGACAUUAACAAUAAUGAUAUACUGAUUCCUUUGGUUCUUUAUAUAUGGGAUUGUUUUUCUAUUGAAAAUUCAAAGUAUCAUAUUGAUGCAUCUCUAUUGUUAUGGACAUUGCAUAAAAUGCUUAAUGGGUCUUUUAUCGAAACAAUUAUUGUUUAUGCAAUGAAUAUUCGUGAAAUUCCGUAUGUUGCUUGUCUUAAGUUUACUAUAUUAUGGAAAUAUAGCGUUAAAGUGGAUGAAUCUCUUUUUGCUCAUGUGCUUGCCAGACCGUCUUUAAUAAUGAUAGGUUUCCUUCAUUCUGAUGAUAUUCAUACAAAACUUUUAGUGAAGGCUUGGAUUGAAACUUUGAAUACUUCUUUCAUUAGGCUGUUGGAUAUUGUGCUUAUAAAGUUGUUAUCUUUAGGAUUUAUUUGUUCUCCUAAAAGUGAAGUUGCUCAAGAAUUAGAAAUUUCUCUAUUGCAAUUCAAAGAAACUGAUGAUAUAUCAAUGUUUGUUUAUUAUAUAUCUGUAUGUGUAGAAAUCAUUGAAUCCGGAGGAAUUGAUCUUUUAGAACAUGCUUUCACUGAACUUUUAAAUGUAGAUACUAAUAAAAGCAAUUUGUUGUCUAAAUGUGAAGUUCUUCAUAUGUUUCCAGAGUCUGAUUUUCAUAAUUUAAGAUCAAUGGUUAUUAAUCUUCAUUUUUUAGCAAGUAAGCUUCUUUUUUAUAUUGUUUCUAAAUGCAAUUUAUUUGAUCAUGAGCUUAUUGAAGUACUCUUGAAAAGACUUAUAGUAAAAGGUUUUAUUUGUGAAAAUAUUUUUGACAAAUAUAUUCUGGAUAUUUUAUAUAUUAUUUUGAAGCGCAAUAUUAAUCAAUAUGAAAUAGAUUAUAAGGAUUUUUUCUUUAAUGGUGUCCAUUCUUUAUCUAUAGAUGAAAGUCUUGGCAAUAAUUCUGAAAAAAAAGUGUUUCGUAAUGUUUUGUUGAUGUUAGUUAAACUUUUUAUUACUCGAUUAUCAACAACACAAAUUCCUUCGAAUAUUGAAAUUUUAAUAGAUUUUUAUAAACGUUGCUUAGGAUUAUUUACUAAUGAAAUGUUUCAGAUAUUUAUACCAUUUAUAGAGACAUUAUGUAAUCAAGUUAACUUUAUAAUUGUUGGAUUAGAAACUGGUUUUUCGGAUUUGAAAAUGGAAGGCUUACCACCUUAUGAAAUUAUUUUAUAUUGCUUUGAGGGUUUGAAAUAUACAAUUACUUGGGCAUUUGAAAAUCAUGAUGAUAAAUUGAAAAAUUCUUCUCGGAAGUCUUCUGAAAAUGUUGGAUUUUUUGGGAAUGUUAUGUCUGGUGUGUUUUCUUUAGAAGCUCCAAGUUCUGUUAAUUUUUCUAAAGAUAAUCGAAAUUCUAUAAUACUGUGUUUUCGAGAUAUUGUAAAAUUAGCUUUUUACGUUUGGUCUUGGAUAGAAUGUAAUAUGAUUGUUAGUAUAAGGAAAUUAGAAACAUAUAAGUUUAUAAAUAUGAGACUUAAAACAGCAAGUAGACAGUUAAUUUAUGCACUUUAUGAUAUAAAACCUAUAGAAACAUUAGAAAGUUUGGUAAAUUCAGUAAACAAAACAGAUAUGAAGAUCAAAGAACAUGUUUUUUAUUUUUUAUCUAAAUUUGAUGAUUCUAGAAAACAAGAAAUAAUUCCUUUUUUAAUUGACAGUAUUAAUUUUAGAAUAAAUUCGACAUCUGUUGUUGAAAAGCAUAAAUCAAAUAUAAUUAUUUCUGUAACGCCAAAUUCAAUUAUUAGUUUUCUUAUAAAUUUCGUUGAAUUUUCUAAAACGGAUCUUUUAAAACAAAGUUGGCCCGUAUGUUUAGCUUUUUUUCGAGAUGCGGUUAAUAGUCCUCAACAAUAUCAAAUAAUUGAUACUUAUAUACUUCAUUUUGCUACAUCAUUGAUUAAAAAAUUAAGUGAAGUAAAUAUCAAUAACGAAAAACGUGAAAAAAAAGAAAUGAUAGAUAUUUAUUUACGAAUUUUAAGUUUUUUUACGUCGAAAUCGCUUAAGUUCUGUGAUUCUAGUUCUGUAUUUAAUAAGGAUAUUAAUUCCCAAUUGUCUACUAAUAAUAAUGAAGAAAAAAUGAAAUUUUUUGAUAGUAAUGAUAAAUCGAGCAAAAAUAAUGAAUCAUUUUUGUCUUCUGCAUUUUCAAAUCGUGAAUUAAAUUCUGUUUUACUUAAAUAUGUAAUUCCUUCUCUUUCUAAAAUAAUAACAGAUAAUGAAAAAAUUGUUCAUGCAUGUAGUAUUAUUAUGACAAAUGUUAUUGGAUCAGAGCAUCGGAAUUCCCAAUUAUCUCGAAAAUAUUCUGAAGAUAAUCUUAUUCUACUAGCUAAGCUUGUUGAACUUUCUGGGUCAUCUAAGUUCUGGAAAAAAGAAGUUAUAGAUAUCUUUAAUGAUAGUUCUUUUUUUACGAUACCAUUUAAUGAGGCUGUGCUAUGGAUGCCUAUUAUUAAGCAGCUAUAUAAUAAUGAUAAAGAUAGGUCGCUUGAAAUAUUUAGUAAAUUUUCCUUUUAUUCAUCGUCUAGUAUUUUUGUAUUUAGAGAAUCAGAAGUUGUUUCUCGAAAAUAUCAAUUAAAGCGUCUUAUUUUUAUUAUAAUUUCGUCAGGUAAAGAUAAAUAUGCUGACAAAAUUAAAGAUAUAGAAAAUGUUAUUUUUGAAUAUAUUAAAGGACCAUUAAGGAAGAUGCUUCGAAAAGAAAUAUUUUUGUUAAUUAGAGCAUUAAUUAUAUAUAUGUCAUCGAUACAUUUAACUUCGCUUUGGGCAAUAAUUUUAUCAGAGCUUCAGUAUUCUUUUGUAGAUCUUCUGGAGAAAGACCUUCCUUGGAAUCAGGAGCUUCUUGAUUCAUUGCAUGAUGCUUGUAAGCUUUUGGAUGUGAUUUUGGUUAUUGAGCCAGAAGAGUUUUUAGUGCAUAAAUGGGUUUUUAUUACGGAUACGAUUGAUUCUGUUUACUCUUCUGACAAAUCCAAAUCGGUUGCAUUGAUGGAUAAACUUUUUCAUAAGAUUUUUACAUUUCUUCAUAAAUCAUUACGUACCAGUGAAUCACCACAGCUUUCCCAAGCGUUUAUAAAUAUUGAUGCUCUUAAUAAGAGAUCACCUAUGCUCAUUUCUAAAACAAUUGAAGAUGUUUCUGAUAUUAAACCGUUUUUAAGUCGUAUUAGUGAAAUUAAUUAUGAAAAUGUGUAUAACAUCUGCUCUCCAGAUAUAAAAGCAUGUGAAAUGGGGUUGUUAAGGGAUCUUUUUUAAAAAUGUUU